CAGAGGCCUUCCUGUUUUAUUACCGGUGUAUUUUACUGGAAGGACCAGGAGAUUAUGAGCGUAUUUUUUUCUUGUUUAAGAAUCCGUUAUAUUAUGAAGUUGGGUUGUACGGAUUCUAAAGGGUAAUGAAAGGAAAACGUAGUGGUUUUAGGAAUAGGGCUGGUUUGUUUAUUAGACAGUAGCCCACCUUGAUAAAAAAAAAUAGCAUUUUGUUUUACAUGUUUUUGGUUAGGUUUAGUAAGCCCUACAAUAUCGAUAUUCUUUUUUAUAUAUUUUUUUAUUGUUUUGAACAAAUAGCGAGGCAUGUUCCACGGAUAGGCUGUCUCACAUCUCGCCGAAAAAAAGCAGACAGACGCCGGACGCUCCGGAGUCUACGGCUUUGUCAAAGACAGAAGUCCAGAGACACAAGAUGUUUGAGACUGGUAGAAUCCCUCUCGUCCUUCUCGACGUAACCUGCCUUAUCCUCGUUGGGCUUCCCUUUGUGAUCCUCACCCCUCAGCACAAUCCCUUCAACAGGGGUUUCUUCUGUAAUGAUGAGUCCAUCAGAUACCCCCUGAAAGAGGACACCAUAUCCUACCAGUUACUGGGGGGAGUCAUGAUCCCUUUCACACUGAUUGUGGUAGUCAGUGGUGAGUGCCUUGGCGUCUAUAUGACUCAUAUAAAGACCAAAUCAUCCUUGGGGGCUAAGUACGUGGCGCGCAUCUACAAAGCAGUGGGCAGCUUCCUGUUCGGGGCUGCUGCGAGCCAAUCACUGACGGACAUUGCCAAGUACUCGAUUGGUCGUCUGCGUCCCCACUUCCUGGCUGUGUGUAAGCCUAUGUGGGACCGUAUCAACUGCAUUGCUGGAGGCUACAUCGAGAACUUCACCUGUACCGGGGACAAAAACAUGGUGGAUGAGGCCAGACUUUCCUUUUUUUCUGGUCACUCAUCCUUCUCUAUGUACUGUAUGCUGUUCCUAGCACUGUACAUCCAGGCCAGACUGCAGACAGAGUGGGCCAGGCUCCUCAGACCCACCAUCCAGUUCUUCCUGAUCGCAACAUCCAUCUACGUGGGGCUGUCACGCGUCUCAGACUACAAACACCACUGGAAUGACGUACUUACUGGCCUCCUGCUGGGGGCGAUAGUUGCAAUACUCACGGUGUUCUGUGUGUCCGAUUUCUUCAAGACGCCUGUUGAUCCAGUAGAGAUACAAGAGGAGACGUCCCACCCCAGUCUACAGGACAACCCUGCAAAUGGGAUCCACUACGGAAGCACAGAAUGAAGCUCUGACUACAACAUGGACAAUGCAUUGAGGACAAGUAGCAUGUUAAGCUAGCUACAACUACUUGCCAUCCGCUUCAGAGGACUAUGGUUAUUUAUUUCCAUGCAUUUCAGGUCAUUGGCAUUGACUGUCGUGGAAAUAUCAUGUUGCCUGAGCCCUGUAGACAGAUGUUAAGUCCUCUCAGAGCCAAUGAUCUUGCCUAUGUGUGUUGAGCUAACGGUCCUUGUGUUCCAUUCCUGGUCUUUGUGUGCAAUUGCGGUGCGAGGUCUGCUCUUGUUGGAACAGUUGGGAUUGCAUUGGUUUGAGGAUUGUGUUUGAAAUGAAUGAUAUUCAAGUUUGUUACAGUGAGUAAUGAGUGUCCAUGUGUGUAGCCUGGCCAAUAAUAAGUCUUACACCUGGGAAUGAAAUACCACGACUGUCCCAAAGCAUAAAUGAAAGUCAGGAGACUUACUGAGCUCUGCAAUGAUGUGCUAUGUACUGUAUAUAUCUUUUUUAAUACUGCCUUCGCCAGAUUGUUGCUGACACUUGCUCAAAGCUCCCUGGAAACUCCUUACACAUGUGUCCAAGUGUUGAAAUCAUGGCGACAAAUACACAAAUUAACUUUUUGACAUUUGUAUGCAAAUGUACUGUUGUAAAAACGGUGUUUUGAAUUUUUCGGAAAACAAAAUGCUAGCUAUGUGACACAAAUAAAGAUGGAAUUCCAUUUUGUUACUUUGGUACAA